UCAGUCAAUGGAUUUGGACUCCGGAGAUCAUCUGACUUGAGUUAACAAACCCCAACUGGAUUUCGAAGUGUGGGAGAGAGAGAGAGGAAAAGUUUCUCCCCCCACCACCACCGCUUUCUUUUUUAACUUUCCUCCACUGGCGGCGGCGGCGGCGGUAGUAGUAGUGGUGGUGGUGGGGAAAAGCAGAACCCUCCGCUCUCGCGCGCUCUCCUCCCCCUGCUGCGUUCCUUAAUUUCUCGCCGAGCGUGCGCGUCCGGGGAUGUCCUACGUUGGGAUGAUGGAUGGCAGGAGGGCAGAAACCCGGCGGCAGCCGAAGAAGCGCCCAGCACUUUUUUGAACUCUCCCUCUCUCCCUUUCCCGGACGAUCCUCAAUGAGCCUUCGAGGAGGAGGAGGAGGAGAAAGGGGAAGCUUGCGCUCCAGCCGGGAUUUUUGGUAGCGGCAGCAGCAGCAGCACCACCACUACCAACAGCAGCAGCAACUCCCGCUUUUCAAGAAGGGGUAGAAAAGGACGCACAAAAGGACUGCAAGCGGCAACAACCCUCCCUCUCCCCAACCCCUGAAGUGGACGAUGGGGCGCUGGGUUCGCAGCCCUCUCCUGGAGCCGGAGCAGCCGCUGGCCCUGUGAAAAAGCAAACAAACUUCUCUUUGGGACUGGGGAGCUGGAAUAUGUAUGUCUAAGAUGGAAACAUCCACCUCAACUGCUGCUGGAAAGAAAGAAGGGAAAAAUGCCCUUCUGGAAGGUAAUGGUUUUAAUGAAACCACGAAGAAAACAACUCCUUUAGGAGCAGCCGCAGCCGCAGCCGCAGCAGCAGUGACACAAGGAGUGCCGCAGCAUCUUUUUCCAGCCUUCCAUGCUCCUUUGCCAAUUGACAUGCGUCACCAGGAAGGAAGAUACCAUUAUGAACCUCACUCUAUCCAUGCCAUCCAUGGACCUCCUACUCUGAGCGGUAGCCCUGUCAUCUCCGACAUCUCUCUCAUCCGGCUUUCUCCACACCCUGCGGGGCCUGCAGAGUCGCCUUUCAACCACCCUCACGCGUACAUGAACCCCCAUAUGGAGCACUACCUCCGCUCCAUGCAUGGCAGCCCGACCCUCUCUAUGAUCUCGGCAGCUCGAGGCCUCAGCCCAGCUGACGUAGCUCACGAGCAUCUGAAAGAACGAGGUCUCUUUGGCCUGCCCCCUCCUCCGCCAGGAGCCAACCCUGCGGACUACUAUCACCAGAUGACGCUCAUGGCCAGCCAUCCAAAUCCUUACGGGGACCUCCUUAUGCAGAGUGCGGGAGCAGCCAGUGCAGCGCACCUUCAUGAUUACCUCAGCCCUAUAGAUGUGUCAAGAUUCUCCAGUCCACGAGUGACUCCAAGACUAAGUCGAAAGCGAGCGCUUUCUAUAUCUCCGUUGUCCGAUGCCAGCAUUGAUCUUCAGACAAUGAUCCGGACCUCGCCAAAUUCAUUGGUGGCUUAUAUAAAUAACUCCAGAAGUAGUUCUGCAGCAAGUGGCUCUUAUGGGCAUUUAUCAGCGGGGGCAAUAAGCCCAGCAUUCACCUUCCCUCACCCAAUCAACCCAGUGACGUACCAGCAAAUUUUGAAUCAGCAGAGAAGCUUGAACUCGGCAUUUGGACAUACGCCUCCCUUCAUCCAGCCAUCGCCAACGUUUCCCUCGCGGCAGCCUGUGGCCGUCAUCUCUGUCAAUUCCACUCCAGCUCAGAUCAGCAACAACUGUGUCUCUGAUUCCAACCAGAGCAAGCAGAGCAGUGAGUCAGCUGUUAGCAGCACGGUCAACCCAGUCAUUAAUAAACGCAGCAAAGUCAAGACAGAAAUGGAGACUCUACCACCAGCUUCCCCGCCCACUCAGGAGCAUCUGACAGACUUGAAAGAGGAACUUGAUAAGGACGAAUGCAAACAGGAGCCCGAAGUUAUUUAUGAGACCAACUGUCACUGGGAAAGUUGUGCGAAGGAGUAUGACACUCAGGAGCAGCUUGUCCAUCAUAUCAAUAAUGAUCACAUUCAUGGGGAGAAGAAGGAGUUUGUCUGCCGUUGGCAAGAGUGUACACGGGAGCAGAAGCCAUUCAAAGCACAGUACAUGCUGGUAGUGCAUAUGCGAAGGCACACUGGGGAAAAGCCACACAAGUGCACGUUCGAGGGUUGCUCCAAAGCCUAUUCACGGCUAGAGAACUUGAAGACACACCUGAGGUCUCACACCGGUGAAAAACCUUACGUCUGUGAACAUGAGGGCUGCAACAAGGCCUUUUCUAAUGCUUCUGACCGAGCAAAACACCAGAACAGGACGCAUUCCAACGAGAAACCCUACGUCUGUAAAAUUCCGGGCUGCACAAAGAGAUACACAGACCCCAGUUCCCUCAGGAAACAUGUGAAGACUGUGCACGGGCCAGAGGCCCAUGUCACCAAAAAACAACGCAAUGAUGUUCACCUGAGACCACCUGCACUGAAGGAAAAUAGCGACAAUGAAGCAAGUGCCAAGCAGAGUGGAAAGACUUCAGACGAGCAAGCUGAGGCAAACAGCACCACCAGAGGCAUGGAGGACUGCUUACAAGUCAAAACAAUAAAGACAGAGAACUCUGUGAUGUAUCAGUCCAGUCCUGGUGGCCAAUCCUCAUGCAGCAGUGAACCAUCUCCACUUGGGAGCACCAACAACAAUGACAGUGGAGUCGAAAUGAACAUGCACAGUGGGGGAAGUCUGGGGGACCUGACCGCAUUGGAGGAUGGCACUCCUGUUGUAGAUUCGACGGUCUCAUCUGGCAAUUCAACCGUCAGUCUGCAGCUGAGGAAACAAAUUACAACCAUGCAACGCCUUGAGCAGCUCAAGAAAGAGAAACUCAGGACAGUGAAGGAUUCUUGCUCGUGGGUGAAUCCGGCCCCACAAGUCAGAAAUACCAAGCUGCCUCCCAUCCCAGGCAAUGGCUGUCUACUGGACAACAUGGGCGGUGGUGGUUCUUCUGUAGCGCUGCCUAACCCAAGGAUAACAGACCUGUCCAUCAACGAGGUCACAAUGCUGAACCAACUAGCAGAACGUCGCGACAGCUCAACCAGCACUAUCAGCUCUGCCUACGUCAGCCGCAGGUCAUCAGGGAUAUCCCCUUACUUCUCCAGCCGCCGUUCCAGCGAAGCGUCACAGUUUGGAACCCGGCCAAACAACACAAGCUCUGCUGACUCCUAUGACCCCAUUUCCACGGAUGCCUCUCGCAGAUCGAGCGAUGCCAGCCGGUGCAGCGGAAUCCCAGGUCUUCUGAACCUCACACCAGUGCAGCAGUACAGGCUGAAAGCCAAGUAUGCUGCUGCCACAGGGGGCCCUCCACCUACCCCCCUGCCUAACAUGGAAAGGAUGACCCUGAGGAAUAAAAUUUCCCUCCUGGAUGGGCCAGAGCCUGCUCUGCCUUCCUUUCGCCUUCCUCCUGGGCCACGGCGUUGCAGUGACAGCAAUGCUUAUGGGUACGGUGCGUCCCUGGGAUUUGCUCACGAUGGGCCAGGCAACAAUGCAAGACGUGCAAGUGAUCCGGUGAGGAGACCUGCUGGAGAGCCAGUUUCCCUCCCUAGAGUCCAUCGUUUCAACAGCACAAACAGUAUGAACCCCCUCCACCCUCCUGCAGACAGAAGGAACUUUGGCUUUCCAAACUUUGCACGUUCUGACGGAAGCCUUGCCAGGCACAUCUAUUCCCCACGGCCUCCGAGUAUCACCGAGAACGUUGCCAUGGAAUCAAUGCCAGGCGAGGCCGAUGGCUCCGUCGGAGAUGAUGACAUUGUGCUACCUGAUGACGUAGUGCAAUACAUCAAAUCGCAGAACGGUGUCAUGGCCUCAGACAACUCUUCCAUAGGCUAUGGCAAUGAAAUGCAGAACUUCCAAGUGAAUGCAAAAGUGCAACACAGCAACUUGGGAAGCCAACUCAGCAGGGUGGCUGCUCCAGAUGUGGGUAUGAAUCAUGCAGCUCCAGUGAUGAGUGAGUGUCACAUGAACUUUGGAGCAGAUUCUGACUUGAGCAAGAACAACAUGCCCGUCCAGUGGAAUGAAGUCAGCUCAGGUACGGUGGAAGCAUCCUCUGCUCAAGCAAAGCAGCAGUUCCCUCCACGUAACUUAGCUGUGGUUCAUCAAAAGCAGAACUUUGGCCAGUAUCAGAACUUUAGCCAUCAGCAGAUGCAGACGGGUCAAAACAACAUGAAUGGAAACCUGCAACAGUUUGUGCAGAAAAACACAAGCAUAGAUGGACAAAGGUUAAACUGCAUGCACUUAAGGCAGCAACAGGUGAAUCCGGGACCCAAUAACAAUCCAGAUUUGAACUCACAUGAAGCGUACCAUCAGGUUCAUCAAAUGCUGAGCCCAAACACAAUGGGGGGUGACCUCAACCAGCUUUCUCCUCCCUGUAACAACAUGGUAUUGAAGCCUGCGCCCCAUGCUCAUCCUCAGCAGAUAGAUAUUAUGGCUGAUCCCACUUCAAUGGUUGACAGUAGCAGAGAAUGCAUAAUGCACAGUCAGGUGACACAGGAACCAGGACAUCAGCCGGGCUUUUCGUCUCAGCCAAACCACGUGAACUUUCCCAUGACACAGGAGGUCUUCCAUCAACCUUCUGCAUUAAUGACCUCCAGUCAGCAAGGCUUUGAGCCACAACAGGAUAUGAUAGGUACCGUUGCACAGAGCUUCCCUUCUGGUCUAAUUCAGCCUCAUCCUCCACCUAAUCCCAGCCCAGCAAACAGGCACCGAGGGGCGUGUGCUAUGCAACACUUGGGCUACAUGAGAAUAUCUCACCCAGCCAAUGAUGUGAGCCCAGGGCAGGAAAGGGUAGAGCUCACCUCCAAGAGAACAACUGGUGUAGCAUCAUCGCAGCCACAGCAAUACAACAACAGCAUGGGGGGAAACCAUUUGAUGCACUAUUAUGGCCAAAUACACAUGUAUGAACAAAAUGGGAAUUUUAAUACCCAUGCAGACUGUAGUGUAAGACAACAGCAGUGUGCACUGAACAUCAAGCCAGCCACAAUGCCAUCUCCUGGGGCUAAUCAAGUAUCAAGCACUGUGGACUCACAGGUUCUGGAGCCUCCUCAGAUAGAUUUUGAUGCCAUCAUGGACGAUGGUGACCAUUCAAGUCUGAUGUCAGGAACCCUGAGCCCUAGCAUCCUACAGAAUCUCUCCCAGAACUCUUCCCGCCUUACAACUCCCCGAAACUCUCUGACACUGCCAUCCAUACCAGCUGGAAUUAGUAAUAUGGCAAUAGGGGACAUGAGCUCUAUGUUGACAACCCUAGCAGAAGAAAGUAAAUUUCUGAACAUGAUGUCUUAACACUUAAAGCAUAACUGUCUAGAAGUAUCCAAGAGAUUACAUGCUAAGCAAUUUUAUGCUUUUUUAUUUAAAAAAAACAGGUUUCCAUAGAGUAGACCUUUUUUUUACAAGUAUUAAAUGCAUUAAAGGGAUUCCAAACACAGGAAAAAUGUCUUUGUACAAACAUGUAUAAACCUCAUAAAAGAAGUACUGAAAGGGUGCACCUCUUGCAUUAUGUUUGUGCUUGUUUUUCAGAACAAUCAAAGAUGCCACCAUCAUUCUAAAACAUUUAUCUAAAGUGUCCACCUUUGUAAAACAAUGGCACAUUUGGCAUCAUUUAAAGAUUCUGACCAUCAGCUUCCACUAUUUUCCCUUGCCAUAGGCUGAAAGUCUCAUAGGUUGCAAUCCUAUGUAGUAAGCCACACUCACCUCAGCUAACUUCUGAGUAAGCAUCUAUUAGGAUUGCUUCAGUAGUUUCUCAAUGCUUCAGCUACAGGAAAAAAAGAUGGGACUUGGCCAGAUGUGGAACACUAGAGAGUUGUGGGCAAAAAUACUGAGAAGCUUGACUUUGAAACUGCACCUGCUUUGCUAUCUCCUUUUGGUUUUCCCUUAAUUAUCACUGCAAAAAUACAAUUUCUUGCCCACUUCAGUUACAAAUGGAUGGGUGCAGUUUUGACCCAAAGCCAUACUGUGUGUGUUGAACGCUUUGCUUUGUGACCAGAUGGUGCAAGCAUGCACACACAUGCGUGUGUGAAUGCACACAUGCACAGCAUUGUUUAUGCAGACAAUAUAGCUCUUUGUCGCUUGCAGCUUAGCCAGGAAGCAUCAGCUCCUUUGCAGCGAAGUGCCUUACUAUGCAUUAGUUGUUGAGUCGUCAAGGCAUCUCUUGUCCAUUAACGUCAACUAAAGCGUAUCUUAAAGCAUAUAUAAAAUAAGGAUACAUUAACGUAAGGCACUGCAGUCUGUAUAAUAAGACAUUUGAGAGGGACACAUUGACGGGGAGGAGAUGUGAAAGAUGGAUGCCCUGUGUGGAAUUGUUUGUUUUUAAAUCAGAGGGUAAUAUUUACAAGUUGGUUUAUAUCACAGAGAAUUUAGUGGAGGUUUGAAAAUGCCACUAAUUUAAAAUCAUUUCUAUUCUAGUCGGACAAAGUUCCUUGCCAUGCAUAACACAAAAUGGUGUUAAAGACUGCGAAUCACUUUCUAAACAUUGAAAUUGAAAGCACAAAGGGGAUGGCCAAAUCAGAGCCACAUUUAUCACUUUGGGGUACUUUUUGAUUAUGUUAUAGGCAGAAGGUGUUUGCCCUCCAUUCACUAGUCUCUCUAUGUCUGGUAUACGGUGCCAUUGAAAAGGAGCACAAUUCUCAUGACAAGUUUUUGGCAUGGCAGAGUUUUCAAGAGGAAGAGUUUCACAUCAGUUUUGCAUUGGUUACCCUUAUUAUAGUGAAACUCCCAUAAAAGCUAAAUCUAAUCGUACAGGAGCAGAAUCACCAUGCCAAAAUGUCAGGAAAAUAUCACUUUGGUCAUGACUUUAAUCACAUCAAAAAAAUUAAGAUGAGAAUUAGGCAUGAAGUCCCACUGAAAUGAGUGAAAGAUUUCAAAAUUGCAUUCUUUAUUAAUUUCUCAUUUGCAAAGGCUAAAUACAAGACCUGACCUUGGGGGGAAGGCAGAGAAUAAACUCCACAGGAUUUUCUGGGGUUUGCAGUAUCAUGUGUUCUGUCAGUAUCUAUCUAACUGUGAAACCAGAAUGCAAUCAAAAAUUGUGAAUGAACUUUGAUCAAGUGAAUUUGAUGUUCAUCCUUUAUUUCAAACUGCAGUAUAACCUGUUGGCCUAGUCAAGACUGGUGGAGCCUCCUUACAGGGCAUGACCUUCAAGCGAUAAUUAUAAAAGGGUUGCAGAAUGGCUUGGUUGUGUGAAUCAUGAUCACUGAACUUUUCGUGGAAUUACAAUAAUCUAGAGUGUUAGUGGGCCAAGUCGGUUUCGGAUGCCCCUUGAAUUAAUGGAUCAGAACUUUGCCUGGUGGCAAGCUGCCAUCUUCCAUGGAUACAUGGGGGUGGGGAAGUCACCCACUUAUUGCUUUCUUCAGCUUUACAAAGUGGUCUUCCUGCCUUUACUGUAAUAGUAUUAUAACAACAAUACUGGCUUUGUAUAUAUAUUCUGUAUAUUAAUAAGAGUACUGUAGCUGAAUUGUUCUGUCUUUAUACCUUCAGGACCUUUUUAGCUGUUUUCUACAUCAUAAGGAUUGCAGUCACAUGCUGUAACUGUAUAUAAAUGUUUUUGUACAUUAAAAAAGUAAUUUUUUUUCAUAAUUUCCAUUUGUUAUUACUUUUUUCCUAUCCAGGCUGAAGUCACAGCAGAAGCCUUGCUUAAAAGCACAGUGCAGAUUCAUUGAUGGGCCACUUCACACACUAUAGAGUUACUGUAAGUGCAUAGGCAAGAUGUUAAAGUUGAUAAAGGGGCCUGUGAUUAGCUACAACUUACUAAUAAGUGGACUCUUGGAGAAAUUGACAUGAGGUGUGAGAUCAUGGCCUUGAUUCUUCUGGGUCAAAUCCUGACCAUCAGAGGCUACAGCCAAUGCAAGGCAAACUCUACUCCCUGUUCCCUGAUGAAUGAAUGACUGCUCAGUUAAGAAAGGGUGCCACAGCUAUAUCCCUUAAAUGGGCCAAUAUAUGCUUUCAACCUCUAUAAAUGGUGCAAAUGGUUUGGCACUAGCAGCCUCAUCCUCAGUGUUGCUUGGGAAUCUUAAGAAAGAAAGAA